AUCUCAUAAUCACACAAACUCAAUAAAACAAGAACAUAAAAUAGAAACAAAAACAAUGAGGUUUUGCAUACUAGUUUUGUUUUCUAUCAUCUCCCUAUUAGGAGCCACAGCACAAGAUAUUAGCUCUCUUAUCAGCAGGGAUCUCUUCAAUCAGAUGUUGAAGCACCGGAACGAUGCUAGUUGCCCCGGAAAUGGGUUCUACACUUAUGAUGCUUUUGUAGCUGCUGCCAAGUCUUUUGGGGGUUUUGGAACCACCGGAGAUACUAACACUCGUAAGAGAGAGAUUGCGGCCUUUCUAGCUCAAACUUCGCAUGAAACUACUGGUGGGUGGCCAAGUGCGCCAGAUGGACCAUAUGCAUGGGGAUAUUGCCAUGUACGGGAACAAAACCCUGCUGGGGACUAUUGUAGUCCAAGUCAAGAAUGGCCCUGUGCUCCUGGUAAACAAUACUAUGGUCGUGGUCCCAUCCAAAUUUCACACAACUACAACUACGGUCCAGCAGGGAAAGCCAUAGGGUCUGAUCUGUUGGGCAACCCAGACUUGGUCGCAAAUAACCCAACCAUAUCUUUCAAGACAGCAUUGUGGUUCUGGAUGACACCGCAAUCCCCAAAACCCUCGUGCCACGCUGUCAUCACGGGCAGGUGGACACCAUCUAGUGCGGACACCUCAGCAGGUCGGGUCCCUGGCUACGGUGUGAUUACAAACAUCAUCAAUGGCGGACUUGAAUGUGGCAAAGGCUCUAAUGCAAAGGCAGAGGACCGGAUCGGAUUCUAUAAAAGAUACUGUGACUUGUUCGGAGUGGGAUAUGGCAACAAUCUUGAUUGCAAUAACCAACGGCCUUUUGCAUGAUCUUAGUACUACUACUUUUUGGGAUAAGUUGCUGCCAAAUUAUAUGGCUUGGAUGUGCUAUGAUCAAUAAAAAUUUGAUAUAUAUACACAAAUAAAUAUUAAUGAAUAAAUGAAUAAACUCCCUCGGAUCAGAAAUAAGUGCUCAUGAGUAUUCUUGUAUCACAAGAUUGUACCAUGUUCUUUGAUGAAUGAAAAAUCUACAGCAUUUGAAAUUGA